AGGGUAUGAACUGUAUGAACAAAGAUCAUGGGUGUGCACACAUCUGCCGGGAGACACCCAAAGGUGGGGUUGCCUGCGAAUGUAGGCCUGGCUUUGAACUUGCCAAAAACCAGAAGGACUGCAAAUUAACCUGUAACUAUGGGAAUGGAGGCUGCCAGCACACCUGUGAUGACACAGAUAAUGGUCCUGUGUGUGGUUGUCACCAGAAGUAUGCCCUACAUUCAGAUGGCCGAACCUGCAUUGAAACAUGUGCUGUCAAUAAUGGAGGCUGUGAUCGGACUUGCAAGGAUACCGCGACAGGGGUACGAUGCAGUUGCCCAGUUGGAUUUACCCUGCAGCCUGAUGGGAAAACGUGCAAAGACAUUGAUGAGUGCUUGGUAAACAACGGUGGCUGUGACCAUUUCUGCCGAAACACGGUUGGCAGCUUUGAGUGCAGCUGCCAGAAAGGCUAUAAACUGCUCACAGAUGAACGGACCUGCCAAGGGAAGCCAGUCCCCCAAGCCAAGAGAAUGGGACCAGCAGCAAAAUGUGCCCCCCACAAUUCACAAGGAGCUGGUCAGGGACCUACGGACGUCAACGUCCAUGAAUCUGUGGGGCCAGAUGGGAUCCAUCCUAGAAUCCUGAGAGAGCUGGCAGGGCUGCUUACCAGGCCGCUCUCCUUCAUUAGUCAGCAGUCCUGG